AUGGUAACAGCAGCAGGUGGAAACACAGCCAGGGUGGCUACGGAGCAGAUCAGUCACCAGUCAAGUCUCCUGAAGAAGCAGACAAAUGCGGCAGCGAGGAAAGGUCAUUCCAGUCCGAGUUCCUUGGGCGUGAAGAUGUGGUGGACACCUGACCGAGGCUUCGCUGACAGCACGGAGGUGCUAGAAAAAAAGAACUUUCCUGCUGAGGACGGGAGCCGACGUGUUGGCUGGCAACCUCUGCAGACAGACUGGAGGGCCACCGGUGUGUCAGCUUUUCUUGAAGGCAACAAAUACAAUGAGCUCACCACAGAAACCAACGCAGACCCCAAGAAGACACCUCUGAUUAAAACAAUCGGGACCAAGCCCCUCAAGCAUUCACCUCAGCACUAUACAACUUCUGCUGAUCCAAGCAAUCAUCAGACUCUGCUACCGGGGACCAGAACCACCAACGCACACAAGUCACAGACUACAUUGCAAAGAACAAAUGUUCAGCCUAUGAAAGCAACUGCUUUCUAUGGAUCAGGCAAUAGUUCUGAAUCUUCACAAGCAAAUUCAACUCUGACCACUUUCAUACCUCAAAACAAACCUGGCAUCUCCUCCAUCACCAUCAUCUCAAGAAAAGUGAGCAGAUCAAACAGUUUACCUGGAUUCAACUCAACCAGCAAAUCUCCUUCUCCUCCACUAGACCGCAAACCCAUGGAGCCAAACUCCCCACAGGUAACGGUGCAAAAAAAAGCCACGAUAGUCAAGGUGACAGAGAAACGAGUGUUAUCAAACCCCGGUUCAAGCGCAAGUCAGCCCAGGAUGCCACCAGCCAGUCAUGGUUUGGAUGCAGUGGUCCGCAGAAGAAAGGCCACCAUCAUCAAAGUAACAGAGCAUAGGGAAAGAUACAGUCCAGCCAAGCUUGCCACCAGAAAUCUAGAGUACAGACACAGUUACACUGAGGGACUGUCUCAGGACAAUCUACGUACAUGGAAUCAGAAAAACGUUUCAGAAGGCAAUACAGCCCUUCCCUAUCUUCGUUUGAAUUCUGCGCCAAACUCAAAUACAUUCACCCCCAACGCAAAAACCUAUGGUAUACACAGAUCUUCUAUGAAUCUUUUUGUAAGCAAUCCCCCUGCUGCACCACCCUCUUCCUCUGAGGUUUCUGCAAAGGUUGUCAGACCGAGAUCGAGCAGGCUGCAGAGACCAGUGAGCUGCUUUGGCGGUUUGAUUGGACACACCGAGGCGAGCAGGGACACUGCUGCCCAUUCAGCUGCCAGGAAAUGGAGCCUCGAGCUUCCACAGGAGACCCAUAUCAACCCUGUGAACUUCAACAGUGGUUUCAUCAGCCUUGAAAAAGCAGCAAAAGAAGCAGGUCAGCCUGUGGCAGACACCCUCAACCCAGGCAGAGACGAAAAGGAGAGAAGGCUUCCAUCAGUGGAUGGAAUGAGAAGAGCAUCCCCAAGUCUAACACUCAUCAAGACCCCGGAUCCCCAUCAGUCUCAAGAGGAAGUGCUUGCUCUCAAUGCAGCAGCGAUCAUAGCAAAUAUCAAACUCCAGAGACAACUCAGCAAGAAGAAAACACAGAGCAGCAGCGCUGAGAGGGACUCCGCAGCGUCGCCCCGGGGAACUACUGUGACAGAUGAGAGGAAAUACACCAGUUCAGAGCAAAGCUGCCAGAAACAGCCUGAUGCGGACCCUGAAAGGUCACCUGGAACU